AUGCUAAGCAGUGCUGCCAUGUUUCUUCUGUUCUCUUCAUCAGGAAGCAACAACCAAACUGUAACAACGCCUGCCCCAUCAAUGAAUACCACCGCAAAUAAUACAGGGAGCAACAAUGAAACUGUAACAACGCCUGCCCCGUCAGUGAAUACCACCUCAAAACCUCCAGAGAACUUCUGCAGUACAGAACCUUGUGGAACAAACUUUGCUACAUGUGUUCCUUUAAAAAGCAGUUAUACCUGCAAGUGCAAAUUUGGAUUCUACUAUAGCAAGGAGGAUAAGAAUUGUUUCAAAGGGGAUGUAUACCCAGGGCUCAUUAGUGUGAAAGGAAAUUACAGUGAUAGUGUUGAGAUUGUAAAUUCCACGGAGUAUGAAGAGCUGUUCAACUUUGUAUCAGAACUUUUUCAAAAGGCCUUAGGAAGUUUACCUGGCUAUGUAGAGACUGUCAUCGUGGAAAUUAUACCUCCAAAAAAUAUCAGAGCUGAGCCUCAAACAGACGUAAAAGUGAUAAACAUGUUUAAGGAGAACUCAGAUGUGAACAAGACAUCAGUUUCUAAUGCAGUAAUGCAAACAAUAAAUGCAAAUCUGUCCUACAAAGCGGUGAACCAAUGUGAUGUGUUUCAAUGUGAUACUCGAACCUCAGAGUGUGUAGAAGAGCCGGUUCUAGAAUGCAAAUGCAAAAAAGAUUUAGGAAAGAUAAAUCAGGAUGAUCGUUCUUGUUCAGUUUGCAGUGAAAGCUGUUCUACACAAGCAAACAAGUACUGCACAAUACGAAAUGAGAUUCCAGCAUGCACAUGCAUGACUAACUUUAAAUACAGGGAUGAAGAAUGCAUACCUUGUCAAGUGGGCUAUUCUGGGGAGAACUGCACUGACAACACUGAACUCAUCCUUAUAAUAGUGGGUACAGUUUUAGGAGCCGUUAUCCUGAUUCUAGUGAUAGCAGUCUCUAUAAUUUCAGCAAGAGCCAAGGACAAAAAAAAUCCAGAGAAGAAGAGGCUGAUAAAGUCAGAAUAUUCCAACAGAGAUAUCUCUGAUGAUAGACCGACCAUGAUGUUCCCCAGAGUCCAGACCACUUCUGGCCAUGCAAACCCAGGAUAUCAGCCAAACAACCCAUAUGAGAUGCCUUCCACAAAUAGAGGUCGUUUUUCAGAGAUGGGUUUUGAUGAUUUGUACGAACCAUCACGGGAGCGUGGGGGCUUUAGGAUGCAGAGCAGAUACUAAGUGACAAGAGCCGUAGAAGGACGGACGACCACCACAACACUGGAUCAAACCAAAGAGUUUCGCAGCCUCUCACCAAUGGAGUUACUUCAGCAGAGGAGACAACAAAGUCCUUGAUCCCAGAUUCUCUCAAGAUUUUCUAAAAGAAGACCCCCACUUGAAAGAGAUCAUGGACAACUCUGAAAUAAGGCAAAAAUGUAGUUAGGGGAUAGGGAGAAGAAGAAGAUAUCUUUUAAAAGAACUAAUGAGCUUCAAUAAACAUUAGACUUCUUUGAGAAGACCAGCACAUCGGCAAGAGAGUGAGUGUAUACAAGAUAUCAGGAUUUUAAUCCUGCUGUUUUUCAGUUCUUCUGGAAGGUGGUCCAGGCUGAAAAAUGUCAGCAUCCAGAGCUUUGCCUUUAUUUGUGCUCACUCAAUUUCAGCUAAGGCUUUGGGCAGGUCAAAACUGUUUUUCAUGAGAAUCUACUGUGUUUUUUACUAUAUCAGAUACAGUCUUCUUUACCCUCCUCAACCCCCCAGUAUUUCCUAUCUGAAAGCGUUCUGUUCAGAUCUCUGUUGACAUAUGUUGCAUAAGACAAUGGCACUUGUCUGACCUUUUCCACAGCCUUCCUUUCCAAUAAAAUGGCAAGAAACAA